AUGUUCACGCAAUUCGGAGCCACAGCAGAGACACUGAGUAAAGCAUCGACGAUUGUGUUUCGGAUCGGCACGGAUGCUCACCUUUACGACGAUCCCGACGUCGUCAGCAUUGCACCACUUCUCGACAGCAAAUUCGAUUCCGAGAUUUGCGAAGCUCUCAAGCGAUUGCUCGCUCUCAUCGCUCAGGGCUUCGAUGUCUCCAAUUUCUUCCCUCAGGUGGUUAAAAAUGUGGCAUCACAGUCACUGGAAGUGAAGAAGCUGGUUUAUCUGUACCUACUGCAUUAUGCUGAAAAGCGUCCAAAUGAAGCGUUGCUAUCAAUAAAUUAUUUCCAGAAGGAUUUAGGGGAUUUCAAUCCAUUGGUGCGGGCGUGGGCAUUACGUACUAUGGCAGGAAUCCGUCUACAUGUAAUUGCACCUCUUGUUCUUCUGGCGGUGGGAAAAUGUGCUAGAGAUCCGUCUGUAUAUGUUAGAAAGUGUGCUGCCAAUGCUCUUCCCAAGUUGCAUGAUUUGCGCCUAGAGGAAAGUACCACAACGAUUGAAGAGACUAUUGGAGUAUUGUUGAGUGACAAGUCUCCUGGAGUAGUUGGAGCUGCUGCUGCUGCAUUUGCUUCUGUUUGUCCAAACAACUUGUCUCUUAUUGGAAGAAAUUAUAAAAGGUUAUGCGAGACUCUCCCUGAUGUGGAAGAGUGGGGUCAGAUUAUCUUGAUUGGGAUCCUUUUACGCUAUGUAAUUGCCAGGCAUGGGCUUGUAAAAGAAUCCAUUAUGUUAUCUUCUUGGUCUAGUGAGAGCUAUAAUUUUGAAAACGAAGGUUCAGAUACUAGUUUUGCUAGAAAAGAAAACGCUGAUGACCCGGAUAAUGGGAUAUAUGAUUCUGAGUUAGCCAGUAUGAUAUCCAGUAGCUACCUGGAAGGACCAGAUAAAUAUUUAUCAAGGUCAAGCUAUGCAGAAAGGGUUACAUCUGGAAUGGAUUCUUCAUGUUAUACAUCUGCUAAAAGUAACGAUGAUGUGAAGAUCCUCCUGCAGUGUACUUCACCAUUGUUAUGGAGUCACAAUAGUGCAGUUGUACUUGCGGCUGCUGGGGUACAUUGGAUAAUGGCACCAAAGGAGGACAUUAAUAAAAUUGUUAAGCCGCUCUUGUUUCUCCUGAGAUCAUCUAAUUCCUCAAAAUAUGUGGUCCUCUGCAACAUUCAAGUUUUCACUAAAGCAGCACCUUCUCUCUUUUCUACUCACUUUGAAGAAUUCUUUAUAAGUUCUUCAGAUCCAUAUCGAAUAAAAGCUCUAAAACUUGAGAUACUAUCUUCCAUUGCAACAGAUUCAUCUAUAUCUGCUAUUUUUCAAGAGUUUCAGGUAAAGUUUAGGGAAAGAUCAAUUGCUGACUGGAUAACUCAAGUUUCUGGAACUUUGUGUCUACAAUUGAAUAAAAAGGUUCUUGGAGUCCCUGGUUUAGGCAGCGUU